AUGAGAAGAGAACCUUCAGAUGGCCCCACCACCAGGGAUCUUCUCUGUAAUGCUGCAGCUGGUGCGGCUGCCGGUGAGUUGAGGAUGUUUUUUCAAUUUAAGUUUUAUGUCUCAAUGCUUCUCUCUGGAUUUCGCAUGAUUUCAGCCUGUAUUGUACCGGCAGCCUGUAUGACAGUCUUUGUUUUUAUGAAUAUUUCUGAGAGUCGAACGCCCCAGCAAAUUCUUGCAGAAUGCUUUUUGUUUUUCCAUUGUCUUCUUUUUGUUGCGGCAUCUUUGUUCAAUUUAACCGAUUCUCCUUCUAGUUAUGUCCCCGUUCAUCAAUGUCCAUUCGUUGUCAGUCUACGAGUCUCUAACUUGUUAUUUUCUUCGUUGAUUCCUGGCCAUCAUUGAAUGUGAAGCCCCUUUUUUGUUCUGUUCUUGAUUUGAACGCGUUCUCUGCUAUCUUCGAUACUGCUGCAGGAUCCAUUGCUGCCACCUUUGUCUGCCCCUUGGAUGUGAUCAAGACGAGACUUCAGGUCUAUGGGCUGCCCAAUAUUCCUUCUUCUGGCCGUAGAAGUAUGCUUUCAUGUUCUUUCCAGAUAUUUCUUCCAGCUUGUCUGGGGACAGUAAAGUAGUAACUAUAGUGGUAGAUUGACGAGGCAUAUUGCUAGAAAGAUGAUUUUUUUUCAUAAUAUUGUUGUACUUCCUGUGAAACCACCGUGGCCAUUUUACUAUUCAUAAGAUACCUGGGAUGCUUUAUGAAAUUUGAAUUAUUUGUUGACUCUUAAUAUGUGGCAGUAUUUUAUGAAUGAAAAUCAACAAAAUACCGUUAUACGAAAAACAAAAAACUCUUCGAAUUUUUCCACUUCGCACCCAAGCGAAAUUCGAGAGUGUCUCCUUCAUUUGCUAUCUCGUUGGAAGAAACACAUAGCAAUUGUGUCACAUUUUGUCACGGAUUUAUAAAUAACGUUUCCAUGAAUCAGACCUCGAACAGAAAUUAAUUACACGCGUGGAUGAGCAGAUAUCAUGGCUCUGUUGGAAGCGACAAGUUGUUCAGCUAAGCUAGAAGUUAGCAUGGUUCUUUAGAUGUUUGCAUUUAAAUUUUUAUCGCUAAGUUGGCAUGGUUGGGCCCGUGUAGCACCCACUAUUUGAUGGGAAGGUUAUAAUGUGUCCAUCAUAUUAUGAAAAGAACAAGAACGAAUGCUUUCCAUGAUGAACACAAAUUUUAAAUAUUAAAAGCUAAUUUGUGAACUAUACAUAAUGCCGAAACAUCCAAUUAAGACAACACCACAACUGAUGUGUACGUACAUUGACUUGCUUUUUCCUUCUCGUACUUACUUUUUAUUGAUUGGAUUUUUAAAUUAAUUGCUAUUAACCAAAUUGUGGAUUAGGGAUGGAUUAGGCAUGUGAUUGCAGGUGCUGGGUUUCUAUGGAGAAAAUGUGCCAUAAGGUCUUUGUUUUAUGGCUGAAGAAUUUUAAAUGUUAACUGUCGGAGAACAGUUAUUUUUUGGUUGUUUUUGUUGUUAAUGAAGAGAAGCCUCCAAUUCCCUAAAAGACAAACUUUCUGAUGAAUCACAUUGGCAGUAGCAAACGCCUAGAUCACAUUCUGGAGAUCAUAAGGCAUUCUGACUAUAUCUUUCCAUAAAAUUUAAGGGCCAUAUCUCCCUGCCCAACGGGAAUGAUAGAGAAAGCGAAGGUUCAUGCUUGUCUUUACACCCCCGUUACCCACUAGUGACCAUAAGCUUCAUGACCUGAUGAGGGGAAGAAAAAGGAAGAAGGCAUUUAUUCUUAUGAAAAAUAAAAUAUUGAAUUUAUGAAAUAGUUUUAGGUGAUUUAAAAAUUUAUCUUGCAUUGCUUGCGUAAAUAAUUACCGCUGUUUUUGUGGAGACUGUGAAAAUGCUAGCCACUAAAGGGUUAAACUUGAAAGCUAUAAAGGCUCUUUCCACAUAUAAGGCAACUGGCUAAAUUUGGCGCUUUUCCACAAAAUGAGUUGAACUAAUAAAUAUCUGACUAAUUUUGUGCCCAUGCCAAUUACCUCAUCUAAGUUGUGAACAUCUGUCGUAAUCAGGUGGUCUCAUUUUUUCAAGCCUGCAACACAUUAUAGAAAAUGAAGGGUUCAGGGGCCUGUACCGUGGUCUCUCUCCAACAAUAUUGGCGCUUCUUCCAAACUGGGCUGUGAGUUCUUUUUCUACUUGUUUAGAGUGCAAUUUUUUGUCCUCUUUCGUACUGGAAUCAGAGAACAAAUAGCUGGCGAAUAAUUGAGAAGAAAACAUGAUAUGAUUUUGUUUGAAUUUCCCAAUAAUCAUACGUACAAUUCCAUUGGUCUCGUAUAUGGUAAGAUUCGUCGAUAAAUACACUAUAAUUUGCGUUUUUUAUUUAUUAAACAAUCAUCUUCAUACAUAUUUGAAAGUGGACCUGCCCAGAGCUUCAUAUGUAAAUAAAAACGCAGCAAACUUCGUCCGUGGACACUUUUAGUGGUGAAAUUCCUGUUCUUCAAAAAUUUCAGAUGUUGCAUGAAUUAGUACUGGGGAUGUGUGAUCUUUCAAAGCAAUAUAUUCCUUUCUUUUCUCUCAGUAGAAGCGUUAGAUCCACGGACAUACAGCUUGUGUUGUAGUUCUUAUGUAAGAUGGAGUUUUUUCUGUCUUAGCAUCAAUACUUUGUGUUUACCUUCUCGAUCAUCAAAAUGGACCGACCACCUUUUAGAAAGAUUUUAAAAAAGAUUGACGCGCUAUUUUUUUAUUCCAAAAUGGCAGUUUCUUUAGAUGUUGUUUGAGAGUCAUUUAGAAUCCAUUUUCAUAUUCAUAAUUUACUUUGUUACUAUAAAAAUGAUAUAACUUUAUUCAGAAGCCAUCGUAAUUAAUGAUAAUGAAAAAAAAUGUUAUGAACAGAUCAUGAAUCAAUACGGACUUCAGAGACGAUAACUGGAAAUUUACUCAGGCAACUUUUAAGACAAGAAUUUGAGAACAGAAAUAAACCUUUUUAAUGUCUUGUUGGACGUUGUCUACCCAACAAUGAGACAGAAAUCACCCAUCACUGGUUGAAUUCGCUAAUUUCAAGAAUUUUUCUGGACCUCCCGGUAGCCGUUUCCAUUCAUCAAGCCGGUCAUGUGACUGAGCAUUUGCUUUGGGAUCUAAAAACCCUAAUCUGUUCUUUCGGCACAGUUGGUUAACAGCCCUCCUGGUAGUCAUCUGCAGUGGGAUAUCAAUACAAAAUCUAGACUCAUCCCACCAAGGAUCAGGAAGCUUGAUUGGGUUAUCCUGAUUGCUGGUUAUGGUUAGAACAGAAAAUUUUCUCAUUAUCUUUUUUCUUCAAAUUGCAGGUGUACUUUACAGUCUACAGUAAGCUGAAAGACCUGCUUGAAUCCAAUGGUUAGCUUCUAUCUCUUGAUUAUAUCUUGCCACCGACAUGGCCUCCCCUGUCUGUGAUGAUACAUAGACUUUAGGGGCCUUUUGGUGAGUAAGGCCUGAGAAAUUUUACAUUGCGGGUGCACAGUGGAUGGGGAUGAGCAACUAUCUUUUGGUGCAAAUAUGGUUGCUGCAUCGGGCGCAGGAGCUGCUACUGCUGUUACAACCAAUCCAUUGUGGGUUGUGAAGACUAGACUGCAGGUAUGUUUUAUGGUUACCCCAUUCUCCAGCCAACUUUUUGUCUGCUUACAUGGACUUCAUCAUUAUUUAUCUUCUUUUAUUAUUUAUACAGAUGUGUAUAAACGGCAAUACUUGAAUUCCAGAGGUUUAUUUACGUGCUUUAAAACAUUUUGGUUCCCACGGAUGACAUUUGGUAUGAUUUUCCAAAUUAGGCCCAUAAAGGGGAAACUAUAUCGCUCUCGAGAAUUGAGAACUUAUAUUACAUUCACAUGAGUGCGUAUGUAUGUGAAUUUCCCUGUCCCCCAAACGGGUAAUUAAGGGGGGGGGGGGAGGGGCGCAAUGCUACUCUCUAAGAAUGAGUUAAGUAUUCGCCUAAUAGUUUGAUGGUGCACUUCCUUUUCAAUCGAAAAUAAGUGUACCCUCGCAACCUUGUAGCCUGACUGUUCAACAUCUGACAAGCAAUGAUUACUUCUCUAGAAUUAUUUUUGUUGCUGUUCAACAUGUGUUUCUGGGUUGCUUCUGCUGAGUGCGAACAAGCUAUUUUGGCCCACAAUAGAUAUUGAUUUGACCUCAAUCAAGCCCAAAAAAGUCACAUAGAGCUUGAUAACUACGCUCAAAUUCAAUCCUUUGUAACAUAUCCAUAUAUAUAUAUAUAUGAAUAUACACAGACUGCCAUUCUCACGCCUCUGUGAAUUCCCAUAGUAAUUUUGAAUGGUUUAAAUAUGUGGCUGAAUUUCCUAGCCUCGUCUGCUUCUAUUGUCCCUUUUACUUUUUUUUUCAUCAGCGGUCCCCUUCCCCCUUUGUCUACAGACCCAGGGAAUGAAGAUCGGCGUGGUGCCAUAUCGGAGUGUGAUCUCCGCCUUGCAGAGAAUCUUGCACGAAGAGGGCAUCCGAGGGCUGUACAGGUUUGCCAGCCGAAGUUCCUCACGGCGUGUGCCCAUUGCACCGGAGAGUGGAGCCCUGAAAAAAAAAUCUCUUCUUUCUUGUUAUUUUUUGUGAUGACAGCGGCCUUUUGCCUGCCUUGGCGGGAGUCAGCCAUGUAGCAAUCCAGUUCCCCGCAUACGAGAAGAUCAAGUAUUACUUAGCCAAAAAAGGUAAUUGUCCAUGCAAAACUCCGAAUGUGGUAUUCCUCGCCAUCCUCCCUUUUUUUUUUAGGGUUCAUCGUUGCUGAGGAAAAAAUAAAAUUAUUUCACAGAAAAUACAACCGUUGACCAACUUAAUGCUGGAAGCGUUGCGAUCGCCUCCUCGUUGUCCAAAGUACUGGCUUCAACCACAACCUAUCCUCAUGAGGUAAGCCUCAUUAUCUAUCUACUUGUUGACCUGUGAAUACAUGGUAUUUUCUCUCUGCUGCAACUGGGCCGUCGGAGAGUGAGUCUGAAUCAACUUGGAGAAGGAAGGGAAGUCGUCAAAAUUCUAUCUUUGAUAAUCCUUGGAAGAUCAUAGAUAGCAGUCCCCCUCUUCUGUGAUCAUCUGAGAAAAGAACAUACAAGCCAUAAUAUGGCAAUGAAAUCUCUCCCCUCUUCUGUGAUCAUCUUGAGAGCAUUAAAUUCGGUGCUGCAGGUGGUGCGGUCGAGGCUGCAGGAGCAGGGCCACGUGAGGAACUCCCCCAAGCAGUACGGCGGUGUGGUGGACUGCAUCCGGCAGGUCUUCCACAAGGAAGGCGUGCCCGGCUUCUACCGGGGCUGCGCCACCAACCUCCUCCGGACCACUCCGGCCGCCGUCAUCACCUUCACCAGCUACGAGAUGAUUCAGAGAUUCCUCCACCGCGUUCUCCCCCCCCAAACCAACUCCGGCCAGGAUGGCGCCGCCGCCGGUUCCUCUCCCCGUGAGAGCCGCCACCUUCCGACGAGACACUGA